AAUGCAUGGGCAUCCAUCUUCCAAAUAGUUUCUUAAAUCUUAAUCCAGAAAUUGAAAUAACUACAAAUUUUCUUUGAAGGUGAAACCAGAACUGAAUUGAAUAUUCUGUUUCUUCUUGAAAUUGAAACAUUACAAAUGUUUGCAAUAGAUAGUUCAGGCAAAAUUUUCACUGUGAAUUCAGUUGGCCCUAAUUGUUAAUCUCCUUCGUUUACUGAAGGACUUAAGAAAUAUGAUCGAAUCCUAGUUAAAUAAUACAUGAUUACAGACGUUUUAUAUACAUAUAGAUAUAUAGGAGCUUCCGGGAAGAUAUAUAGGAGUAAGACGCGGAGAUCACCUUCCUCCUCACAGAUACACUAGAAAUACAUCCACACGUGGAACAACUCCUACAGAACACCUACUGAACGCUGGCAGAAGACCUCAGACCUCCCAAACGGAAUAUAAAUAGUUGCUGGAAAGAACACUGACAGCUUGAAAGCAAAAUGAAGCUCUUUCUAUUGCUUUCAGCCAUUGGAUUCUGCUGGGCUCAGUAUGCCCCAAAUACCGAAUCUGGACGGACAUCUAUUGUCCAUCUGUUUGAGUGGCGCUGGGUUGAUAUUGCUCUUGAAUGUGAGCGAUACUUAGCUCCCAAAGGAUUUGGAGGGGUUCAGGUUUCCUCACCCAAUGAAAAUGCAAUAAUUAAUAAUCCUUCAAGACCUUGGUGGGAAAGGUACCAACCAGUUAGCUACAAGUUAUGUACAAGAUCAGGAAAUGAGAAUGAAUUCAAAGACAUGGUGACUAGAUGUAACAACGUUGGUGUCCGUAUUUAUGUGGAUGCUAUAAUUAAUCAUAUGUGUGGAAAUGGUGUGGCUGCAGGAACGAGCAGUACUUGUGGGAGUUACUUCAACCCUGGAACUGAGGAUUUUCCAGCAGUCCCGUACUCUGGUUGGGAUUUUAAUGAUGGUAAAUGUAAAACUAGAAGUGGAGAAAUUGAGAGCUAUAAUGAUGCUUCUCAGGUCCGAGAUUGUCGUCUGGUUGGUCUUCUUGAUCUUGCACUGGAGAAAGAUUAUGUGCGCUCCACAAUUGCUGAAUAUCUGAACCGUCUCAUUGACAUUGGUGUAGCAGGGUUCAGAAUUGAUGCCGCUAAGCACAUGUGGCCUGGAGACAUGAAGGCAAUUUUGGAUAAACUGCAUAAUCUAAACAAAAGAUGGUUCCCUGCAGGAAGUAAACCUUUCAUUUACCAGGAGGUAAUUGAUCUGGGUGGUGAGCCAAUUAAAAGCAGUGAGUACUUUGGAAAUGGCCGUGUGACAGAAUUUAAAUACGGUGCAAAACUAGGCACAGUUCUGCGCAAGUGGAAUGGAGAGAAGAUGUCUUACUUAAAGAACUGGGGAGAAGGCUGGGGUUUCAUGCCUUCUGACAGAGCACUUGUCUUUGUUGAUAACCAUGACAAUCAGCGAGGGAGUGGAGCUGGGGGAGCAUCUAUUCUUACAUUCUGGGACCCUAGACUGUACAAAAUGGGAGUUGGAUUUAUGCUCGCUCAUCCCUAUGGAUUUACACGAGUAAUGUCAAGCUACCGUUGGCCAAGACAUUUUGAAAACGGAAAAGAUGUUAAUAAUUGGAUUGGGCCACCAAAUAAUAAUGGAGUCAUUAAAGAAGUUACUAUUAAUCCAGAUACUACUUGUGGCAAUGACUGGGUCUGUGAACAUCGAUGGCGUCAAAUAAGGAACAUGGUUGUGUUCCGCAAUGUAGUUGAUGGCCAACCUUUUACAAACUGGUGGGAUAAUGGUAGCAACCAAGUAGCUUUUGGAAGAGGAAACAGAGGAUUCAUUGUCUUUAACAAUGAUGACUGGGCAUUAUCUUCAACUUUGCAAACUGGUCUUCCUGCUGGUACAUAUUGUGAUGUCAUUUCUGGAGAUAAAAUUGCAAGGGUGUGUGAAGCCAUUUGUGUGUGGACUCAGAUACCACUGACACACAGUGAAAUAGAGUACUCAGCUUGGGUAACAUCUCCACGUGGAUCGGCUAGAUGCAUCUCAACCUCAAGAUAUGAUUAAAGACAACUAUGAUGAAAUAGAACCUCAGAAUCUCAUGUGGAAGGGCAAAUGAAGAAUGUUAACUGCUGAGUUAGUAUCUACUCUGUAACAGGACUAUGUGGUGGAUGACUGAGGCCUCUUGUCAACAUCUGUGUAAGUGAACUUAGAGGCAGAUCCUUAAGCCCUAAAUAACUACAGCCCUGGUCAACAGCUUGACUACAGCCAAUGAGAGACAUGAGCCAGAAAUACCCAGCUAAGCUACAUCCAGAAACUUUACCCUCAGAAACUGUGUCAGAGCUCUUCUUUCAGGAAGUCCACUUGAGCCUACACCCUCCAGCCUGACCUGGUUUACAUGCUCCUACUCUGUGCUUCAUAAAAUCCUGAGAAUGUAAUUCCAUCACUGGACCACUGGAUAGAUCCAGAAUAAUAUUUUUCUCUGUGAGCCUGUGAAGUGACUGCUACUGACUUUGGAAUGGUAGGAUUUUUUAAAAAUGGGGAUAUCAAAAAUAAAUGUUAAAGCAGAGACUUUUAAAACUAAAACAUUUUCCUACAAAGUACAUGGACACUAUGUAGUUGGAGAGUUUGGGAAGUGAAAACUAUUACAUUUCACAGACUUUCCCAAGAGGAUCUAACUGGUGUGAGACUGGUGUGAAUAAAGCAGUUGAGGAGCCCCACACUCAGCUUCCCAGCCAUGAGUCACCAGUAUUAUGUGGAUGAGAGGUAGUUUGACCGCAGGAGCAGCCUAUAUGCCCCUGCAUUACAACUUUGGUGAUGUGCCCUUAAAUUCAGGAAUCCAGUGGUUGACCCUGACUUCCAUUCCUAGCUUGUUCAACAAUUGUCUAAGCUACGGAUUCCCUGAAUUAAAUUUCCUUUCUGCUUGA